UGUAACACAUAACUCCCAUCAUCAGAACCAUACAACCUAUAGUAGCAGCCAAAGUAGGCACAUAAUAGACCUGAAUGGACAUACAACCAAUUAAGGCACUCGUCUCUUUUUUAACGUCUUAAUUUCUAAUGAUACAAUUACCAUUGGGAUAAUCACCCAUCCAACCACACCCCCACCACUCGGUAUAGUCACUAGGCCUACAUGGAUUUAUCCUUAAAUAAGGCUACGCUAUCGAAACUCUCGUGGAAACCAGAAAGAUCUUUAGAAAGUAAGCAAAUAACAGAUAACUCAGCCUAAUAUAUCAUAAUGCUGUAAGAUGAAACGAAAGGAACGAGCAAUCAAAAAGUUCAGGUACAUCGACGAGAAAUUCAUCCCGGUCGUAGCUGCCCCGCUUCUCCACCCGACGUCCGAACUGGUAUGGCAGGACUUCCCUCCCCGACGCACCCCAUCCUACACGGGAUCUCCACCCAGUUGCCCACAGGGACAGGUGUCAUCUCGGGCGGAGGAGCGACAGCUCAGGUGUCCAGAGGAGGAAUAUAGCGAGAGACAGGUGAUUAGAUCCAGCUCCCAUAUCACACAAGUGAAAGGACAAAGGGCAGAUGUUCAGGACCUCUCGCAUUUCAGGCGAAGGAGGUAUCAGAGGGACAGGUGCCCGCCCUUCACGCGCCUCCAACGAAGGAAAUAUUCACCCGUUCAGGCAAGACAGAACCCCGGACACAGCCCCAGCACAGCAUUCCUCGCUCUCGAUGCCCCUCCCAGGUCUUCUCCCAGUUGUUUUGAAUUAUCUACGUGCACCGGCAGUCUCCGAUGUCGUGUUCUCAACUGUCCUUUGACCUGUUACAGUAUUCACGUUCAACAUAUUAGACCCUAGGCGGAUAUAUGCAUUUCGGAACGAACAAAUUAUUCACAAACACUGCGCGGCGGCCUUUUGAAAUGUGAACAUACAUGUCAAUUUGCAAUCUUCCGUUGAUGGGAGAAACAUUAUUGCUGAACAAGAAUGCUUUGUUGAACGGCCUCUCUAGAUCGUGGUUGUCAAACAUUUAGAGAUAUUUCAGAGUAAACAUUCCUGUGAAUCUG